AUGAAGAAUCUCGACCUUGGCAUCACCGAUUUGCGCUCUUCUCAUUCCCUCGCUUUUGAAUCGGAUAUCUCUUUGAUCUCCUAUCAGUUUGAUUUCGAGAAGUCAUCUUACGAUCUUAACAUUUGUUAUAGGAAUUCCAAGAACGAGAAACAGUUAGGUGAGAGUGAUGGUCUGAGGCCCAGAGUUUCAAUUGAGGUUUACAACAUGUUUUCGGCGGCGAAUGUGGUUCUAGUUGGAUUUCAAAUGGUUUCUAUUUUUAUCGACUCAAAUGACAUUGGGGAUUCGUUAGUUUCAGUAUUAAGAAUGGUACUUGUGCCCUCUCCCAUAGAAGCAACACUUUCUAGAAAUCAGUGUGAUUCUAUUCUUUCUGAUAUAAGCUAUGGAACUGCAAUGCUUCAUCAUGUUGGAGCACCAGUUUCUCAGGCAAUUGCUCCUAUAAUUUAUAUGUGGCGACCAACUUUCCGAGAAAAUAUCACAGACCUAGGUGUUAGUGAUGAAAAAAUUAUGUCUGAUGUCGAAUUAUGUGAAAAGUGA